AUGGCCCUCCGCUCUCUCAUCACCGCUGGCGUGGUCCUCCUCUCGCCUCUCCUCGCCGAGGCGUCCCGGUCCGCAAAGCGUGGCCUCAUCUUCAUCCCCAACUCGACCACGCUGCAGGACAACUCCAUCUGGGUGCAGACCAACUCGGACCUGACCUGGUACUACAACUAUAACACCCUGCCCAGCGCAGACUAUGCCUCGAUCCCGCAGUCCCAGUUCGAGUUCGUCCCCAUGAUGUGGGGAGUUGGACCGAACCCUUCGCAGGACUUUGCCUUCCGCGACAGCGUCCUCAACCUCAUUAACACCGGCACCCCCAUCAGCCACGUCAUGAGCUUCAACGAGCCCGACGCCCCGGCGGCGUGGGGAGGAAGCGACGUGACGCCGGCCAACGCGGCUCUUGCGUACAUUGCCAACUUUGUGCCUCUGCAGCAGAGUGGUGUCAAGAUUGGGCUGCCUGCGUGUACAGGAGCUCCGUCCGGGCUGGACUGGCUGCACCAGUUCGUGGGGAACUGCACACAGCAGCUUGGAAGGGCUUGCCCGUAUGACUUUGCGUCGUUGCAUUGGUAUGACAACUUGGAUGGCCUGAAGAGCCAUAUUGCCGACUACACUGCAGCAUUCCCCGGCACGAAGCUGUGGGUGACCGAGUACGCGUACGCCAACCAGGAUCUCCCGACGACGCAGCAGUUCUUCAACGCCAGCGCCGACUACAUGGACGGCCUCGCCAACCUGGAGCGGUACAGCUAUUUCGGGGCGUUCCGGUCCAACGUUAGCAACGUCGGUCCCAAUGCCACUUUCCUGAACAACGCGGGCCAGUUGACGGACAUUGGGUCUGAAUAUCUCGGCUUUGGACCGACGGGAGUGAUUCCUACUUCUGGGUAG